UUCUACUCGUACGCCGUACCCUCAAGUAACACCCUCAAGUAACUAUACACCAUACUCCUUGGAAUCUUGGAUUGAUUCUUGGUCCUCCCUUCGAACGCUCGCCUGGUUGACGCCUGAUUUUUCUCAUUUACUCGCUCUGUCGCCUCCAGAGUACGACCUAUCCCCAGGCAUCCUUCCUCAUGGCUACUGCAAUACAUCCUGCCAUGACCAUGUCGGGCCCAUCUUUCAACAAUAACAAUCAAUGCAUCGAUCCGGACACCGAAUUUUUCGACUUCAGCCAGCUUCCGUCUCCAACUCCGAGCAACAACGUCCGACAACAUCCCUCCAAUGUCGCCUCCACAAUCUCCAGCCCUUCCAAUACCGCCCUCGACGGCGAAGAUUUUCAGACUCCUGCCAAACCGAGCCAUGAAUACGAGCGCUUCAAGCAGCAGACCGGCCUGCCCUCCGGCUCCAUCGCUGGUCUCAAUUCGGGCCUGAACACAGGCUACCAGAUGUUUUCUUCGACCGGCUUGGAUGAGAUGACUUUGAUGGGCGAUACUAUGAUGGGCGGUGCUGGCUGGAAUAGCGGUAUUGGAAUGGACUCGGAUGUCAAGAUGAACAUGGACCUUUCCUUCUCACAACCCGCCUAUUUCUACCCUGGAACCGAUGCGUCGCAGUCCGACGACUUCAUUGAUCCCAGCGCCAUUGAAGAACCCGCUCAGGUCAGAGUAUGGCCCGGUAUGCAUCAACAACAAGCACAACAGGCUGCCUUGGCCAAGGCCCAGGCCCAGCAACAGCGCCAGCAGCAACUUGCCCAACAACAACAGAAGCAGACGCAGCAGCAGCAACAGCAGAACCGUCAAAAUCCUAACAAGAAGAGCGGAAGCCCCUUGAACGAUGCCCGCACAGAAGAGACCAUUGCUCGCGUUGUCGCCCAAAUCCGCCACAACAGCCAGAACUCCUCCCUCGGUUCACCAAACGACCCCCAAAACCUUCUACCUCACGUUGUGCGCAUGAAGAAAGAUGAGGAGGAUAUGGACGAAGACGAGAGGCUUCUGGCCUCGGAGGAAGGCAAGAAGUUGACUUCUAAGGAGCGACGUCAACUACGUAACAAAGUCUCAGCUCGCGCGUUCCGUUCCAGGAGGAAGGAAUACAUUGGCCAACUUGAAGGCGAGGUCGCCAUGAAGAACAACGAAUGCAAUGAUCUUCGUGUUCAGAACCGUGCUCUCAUGGAGGAGAACGCGCGCUCAAGAGCCUUCAUUGAGCGUCUCCUUCGUCACCAAGCCUUUACCCCCUUCCUCGAGGAGCUUUCCCGAGACGAGAGCCUUCAGGCAAAGCCGGCUAUGACCUCCAUGUCCACUACCCCCACUCCCACCGCCCCCCAGCCUCGUAAGGACAUGAAUGCCUACCAAGGCCAGCAGUUCUCUGGUCUUUCCCAACCAGAGAACCCUCAAAUUGGCAUGGCUCUUGUACCUGAUACACAGCUCGAUAUGUCCAUGCUCAACCUGAACAACGGCAACAGCAAUGGAAAUAGCGGCACCUGGGGAAUGAACAACAUGAAUGGAUUCAACUACCAGCAACCUCAGGUCUUCGCCGUUCUCGAGCUUCCAGAGGGACCCUCGAAUCCCAUUGAUACCGACGCUCUGUCUGGCAAGGGCUACUCUUCUUUCCUCAUCGAAGAGGAGGAGCCUUCAAUCGAGGAGGUGAAGCCUGACUUCCCCGUCAUCGAGCGUCCAGUUCAGUCUGUACAAUCUUCUCCCGUUGUGGAUGAGGAGGAGGAUGACGAGUUUGACCUCUACUCCACCCCAGUCUCGACACGUUCUACCUCUCCUUCUGAACAUUACGAGCCUCUCUUCGGCGACGCGAACCCCGAGAAGGUCUUUGCCCAUUUUGAACUUUUCAUUUCCAACGAAGAGGAUUCGCAACUACUUCUCGACCGUUUUGAGAAGCUUUGUGCCGCUACAUCAUCUGCGCUUCAAAGAGUCGAUUCUUUAACUUCGCACCUUGAUUUGUGAAUUUCACAUCUUGGCCAUUGUCUUACUCUUCUUUCGAAAUCUUAGAACUGAGUUGUAUAUUCGAGCUCUCGUUCAUCUUUGAUGCGAGAUUAAUAUUUCUUGGUACCUUGGUUUUUGAUGGGAUCGUAGCACUUGCUUCGUCUAAAGCUGGCAUCAUUCCCAAUUUUCAUUAUUCUUAGCU